AUGGAUGAAUACUUCAAAUCCAGCAGCUACAAGGGAGUGUACGCGGGAUGCAAAGUUACUGCCUUAAAGCCAACCAUGGAACCAAUCGUGUGUGAGUGUGCUGGUAUAUACAACGGUUCAGGCUUAAAGGAAUAUAUUGAGCAGGGGGCAGUGAAGCUGUUUUUCGAUCUGAAAUUUAAGGGAGACCACCCUGACCUGAAGUUUGACAUUCCGAUGAUCCUGAAGAACAAUGCACGCUCAACCGAAGGGCAGGACUACCUCGCGCUGUACUUGAGAAACUUCCUAGUCGGUGUCCAAGACAAGGGGCUUAUCAGGCCCACUUCCACACAGAAACCUUCGAACCUGGAAGUUGGUGUGAUAGCGAACUUGACAGUCUGGGUGUACAAUCUGUCCUACUCCGGUAUGCUGAAGGACACGGCCUCCAAACAAUUCCUUGACCUUGCCAACCCCUUCUGUGAUGAUAUUGAGAGGAUCAUAUUGCGGAGUCAUCUAGAGCCCCGACUACACAGCUGUGAGGUCUCCAAGUUUGGCUACAACCCCGACAUGGCUAUCACCCAUGUGAGGUUUAUUGGUGAGAAGACAGUUGACCUUGAACGCGACCUUGCCCGACUGUUAAUGGACGGAGCGCGGCGCGUGAUUGUGGACGGCAAGCAACGAAAGAUGUUAGGGACACUGCUCAUCACGCCAGCUAUUGGAGACGGGAAUAUAAAUGUUGUGCCCAUACCUGUAAACCCUGGGACACCGCCCACACCAGGAGGACCUGAGAACAGCCCGUACAUUGACAUGAUGUUAUACAUCUACAAUCUCACAUACCAGCCGGCCCUCGGUGACCCCAGGACUGUCCUGUACAGGGACUACGCCCAGAGGUUCUGUAAAGAUCUUGAGAAACUGGUACACAGAACGGCAUGGAAGCCAUACUUCCAGAACUGUGACAUCAUUGGAUUCUAUCCCCCUGCUCAAGGAAAGAGGUUUACCUCCCUCCGUGCCCUUCUUAAGGUCGGGGACCCCUUCAUCAGUGCUCCGGCAACCCUUAAGAACAUCAUCAUGACUCAGGCUCCAGAGUUCCCCUUCCCCAUGGACCCCGACGGUCCUCUUAUGACCUACCUUGUUGGCGACAUGCUGGUCAUUCUUGCUGAUGGAGAAUUUGUUGUACGCUACACGCCAUACCAAACGCCAACCACAGCGCUGUUCCCGUCCACAAACAUGUUCACGCAGAUGUCAUUCCCGACGGCGUUUACCUCGUACAGUUUUAUACCUCCAUCCAUGGGUAUUGGAACCAGCUCCCUGACUGUCAUUGUAUAUAACUCAACUAAUGGGUUUGUUGAUGCGCAGCUGUACGGCUUCACGUACUCCAAGGACCUCGAUGAUAAAAUGUCCCCAUACUUCCUGCGGCUACAAGAUAGGUUCUGCAAAGAUAUUGACCGUUACUUCAAGAACAGCAACAUGCGUCAGAUAUACCUUGACUGCAAGAUUUCGCACUUCAAGCCUUCUCAAGAUGGCGUACACAACGGGUUUACCUUUAAGCUCACGUUCGCGGCCCCGCUCGGGGACUACCUGCGUGGAAAUAUCAGUGAUAUCAUCCAGAAGAACGCUCCUCAUGAGAUGCAUGGAAACCUGGAGCUGCUUGAUGUUGGAGACUUGAGGCUGAUCUGGAACCAACAUGACUUCAUUGUGUCUGUAACAAACUUUACCGGUGGAGCAACCCAGACAAUCCGACCAUCCAACACACAGAUCAUUGACAGCACAGCUGGGCCAACCGUAUAUUCUGCGACGCUGGCUGACAUAACAUGCGGUAUGUACAACAAGACCUUGAAUUUUAACCUGGAUGACCGCAGCAGCUACGGCUUCCUCCAGCAGCAGGGCAAGUUCUGUGAAGAUGUUGCAUCAUACUACAAGCUGGGUAGACUCGCAGCCAGUUACUACAACAUCUGCUAUGUAGUUAAGUACCGUCUCAACCCGACCAGCAUUAGUUUUCGUGUUAUUUUCGGCGAGCUUCUCUCUGACUCGCUGAAGGUCGCUGUAGUGCAGGAGCUUGAACGUCAUGCCCCGCGUCACGUAAUCGAGCGUACGGACAUGUUUGAGGUUGGUGACCUGAUGCUGAUCAGCGGAAGCUGCAAUGCAUCCCUUAUGCCAGUCAACUACACGGAUAUGAGCACCUACCAGCCCACACCUACCACCACCAUGCCAUCUACCUCGCUCACAUACCAGCCCUGCUUGCGGAGGCCGUGUGGUAACGGGGGAACAUGUAUCGAUGUGACAGACGGGUACUACUGCCAGUGCCCACCUGGAUGGUCGGGUCCCCACUGUAACACAGACAUAGAUGAAUGCCUGGUUCCUCGCUGUAUGAAUGGUGGUGUAUGUGAAAACAGGCCAGGAACCUUCUUCUGUCGAUGUCCGUCAGGAUGGACAGGGGAUAAUUGUCAGAUAGACAUCAACGAGUGUGAUGCGAACCCGUGUCAGCACACUGGCACGUGUAUCAACAACCCGGGCUCCUACAUCUGCUCUUGUCCGCCAGAAUGGAGGGGUCCAUACUGUGAGAGAGAUGUACACGAGUGUCAAGAGAUGCCUGACAUCUGUGAGAAUGGAGGAGUGUGCUUCAAUCUGAUGGGCGGAUACAUGUGUCGAUGUAACUCGGGCUGGACUGGCGUGAACUGCGAGAUAGAUAUCCGUGAGUGUGAUGGGAGCCCAUGUAAGAAUGGAGCUCGUUGUAUAGAGAAGCCAGGCUCGUAUGAGUGUGUGUGUCCAGCAGGAUUCUCAGGGGUCAACUGUGAAAGAGACAUAGACGAGUGUAUGAUGUUCAACCCGUGUAAGAACAGUGCCACCUGUAUCAACAAGAUGGGCGGUUAUCGGUGUAUCUGCGGGAACGGAUGGACCGGGCAAAACUGCACUACAGACAUUGAGGAGUGCCUUAUUAACCCAUGUAUGAAUGGAGCGACGUGUGAGGAGCUUCAGGGCACGUACAAGUGUAGUUGUCCCCUGGGUUUCACUGGAAACCUCUGUGAUGCAGAUAUAAAUGAGUGUGAGCGAUUUCCAUGCGGAAAUGGGGCCAGCUGCAUCAACACUCUCGGCUCCUACUACUGCCAGUGUCCCAUCGGUUUUACCGGACCUGACUGUAGAACAGACCUGAAUGAGUGUGACACGAGCCUGACAAUGCACCCAUGCCAGAACAACGGCUCGUGCAUGAAUUCUUAUGGCUCUUACUACUGUGUGUGUCCCACGGGCUGGACAGGCAUCAACUGUACCAGUGAUAUAAAUGAGUGCAGCUACCAACCAUGUGCUAAUGGUGGCAAGUGUGUCAACAUUCCUGGCUCCUACUACUGUACAUGUGGUGACGGAUUCACUGGCUCCGACUGCGGUGUUGAUAUAGAUGAGUGUGUAGAGUACCGCCCAUGCCUAAAUGAGGGAACAUGUGUGAACACGGUGGGAGGGUACUACUGUCGCUGCCCUAGUGGAUGGACUGGAGAAAACUGUGGAACCUUUGUGGACCUGUGUAUUUCCAUCAGCUGUGAUAAUGGGGGCACGUGUCUGGGAGUCCAGGACAAGCUGUGUGACUGUGCUCCCGGAUGGUCUGGAACAUACUGUAGAGUCGAUAUAAAUGAGUGUGUCACAGGAAACCCGUGCCAGAAUGGAGCAACCUGCUCCAACAACAAUGGUGGCUACAUGUGCAAAUGUCCGCCAGGAUGGAAGGGACCUAACUGCUCCAUCAAGAGUAACGAGUGUUCCCUGAACCCGUGUUCCAAUGGGGCAACCUGUGUGGAUGGCAGUGAUGGCAACUACAUCUGUAACUGCCCUCGACAGUGGACUGGUCCAACAUGCAGGGAAGACAAGAAUGAGUGUACAGAGAUUGUGAACUCGUGCCUGUUUGGCGGCCAGUGUAUCAACACCAUUGGAGGAUAUAACUGUAUCUGUCCUGACGGUCGGACAGGGCAGGACUGUGAACUAGACAUAGAUGAGUGUACAGCCCUUGGCUUCAACCCGUGUAAGAACGGUGCAACAUGUGCCAACACAGACGGCUCGUACCAGUGUUUCUGUGCCCAGGGCUGGAUUGGAUUCGACUGUACCACUGAUGAUGAUGAGUGUGCGAGAGAUACUUGUACAAACGGAGGUCGGUGUAGGAAUCUGCUGGGCUCCUACACAUGUGAUUGUCCUCCCAACUGGAGCGGACCAAACUGCAGGACCAACGUGAACGAGUGCACAGUGUACUCCCCAUGUAUGAAUGGUGGGACGUGUAUUGACUCCCCUGGCUCCUACACUUGCCGAUGUGCCAACGGAUGGACCGGCACUAACUGUACCAUUGACUACAAUGAGUGUGUGGAUGUUGCUGAUCCCUGCCAGAACGGGGGGACAUGUGAGAACAAGGAUGGCUCCUACAGCUGUAUCUGCGCAUUGGGAUGGACUGGACCCUACUGUAACAUUGAUGAGAAUGAAUGUACGGAUGUGACCAUCUGCAAGUUUGGCGGGACGUGUGUUAACUUCCCUGGAGGGUUUAGGUGCGAGUGCCCCACUGGACGGACAGGGGAACACUGCGAAACUGAUGUGAAUGAGUGUGACUUCAGUCGUUGCAUGAACAAUGCAACGUGUGAAAACACUGCUGGGUCGUUUGUCUGCCGGUGUCUGCCAGGCUUUGAUGGACAGUACUGUGAAAGAAAUAUCAACGAGUGUGAGGUGUAUGCACCGUGCAUGAACGCUCUCCGGUGUAUCGACAUGUAUGGCACGUACCUCUGUGAGUGUCAACUUGGAUGGAUGGGAAAAGACUGUGAUCAGGAUGUAAAUGAGUGUACUAUCGGAGAGGUGCCUGGAGUACCAUGUUUUAACGGUGGAACUUGCACCAAUACCUUGGGUUCGUACAGAUGUCAGUGUCGUCCGGGAUGGACUGGCCAGAAUUGUGAACAAGAUGUGGAUGAAUGCCUCAAUACUCCUUGCCGUAACGAUGGUCUGUGUGUCAACCUCGAGGGCUCGUACCAGUGUCAAUGUCCACAGACAUGGACCGGUGACCACUGUGACAAAGACGUGGAUGAGUGUUUGCUGUAUGCCCCUUGUCUCCACGGCGGCGUUUGCACCAACAUUGCUGGAGGCUACAUGUGUAACUGCCCUCCGCAGUGGCAGGGUGUUGACUGUCACCUCGACGUGAAUGAGUGUCUUGAGGCGAACCCUUGCUAUAAUGGUGGCACAUGCCUCAACGUGAAGGGAGACUUCCAGUGCCUGUGUUCGCCACAGUGGACAGGACCUACAUGUAACGAUGAUUUCAAUGAGUGUAACGUUACCAACCCAUGUUUACACGGAGGGACGUGCACCAAUACGAUUGGUGGAUACCGCUGCUUCUGUCCACCCGAAUGGUCCGGUGACAUCUGUGAAAAAGAUGUGAAUGAGUGUAACCUGACUCCCCCAGUUUGCCAAAAUGGAGGUACCUGCUACAAUUCCUAUGGCGCGUUCAUCUGUAGAUGUCCUUUUGAAUGGACCGGCCCAACUUGUGGGGAUGACCGUGACGAGUGUAGGGAGAUCCGCCCUUGUAACAACGGGGGUACAUGUAUCAACCAGGCUGGCGGGUAUGUGUGCCAAUGUGCCCCGGGAUGGACCGGCAACGACUGUAAUGUUGACGUCAACGAAUGUGAAUAUUCACCAUGUUACAACGAGGGUAUCUGUUUCAACAGCAUGGGCUCGUUCUCAUGCGAGUGUGCGCCCGGGUGGCAGGGUCCCACAUGCAGAAACGAUACUAACGAGUGCAUGGUGAACCCGUACAUCUGUAUGAACGGCGGAGAGUGCGUGAACACAGAGGGAUCCUAUCAGUGUAACUGUUCACAGGGUUGGGGUGGAAAACACUGCGAAAAAGACACGGAGCCAUGUCUGCGUAUCCAGUGUUUAAACGGUGGCUACUGUCAGGAGACAUCUAACAACUCCGGCGCCUACAUGUGUAAAUGUCCGUCUGGGUGGACAGGCGACAGGUGUCAGUACGAUCGCGAUGAGUGUGUGGAAAUACGCCCAUGUAAGAAUGGAGGAAGCUGUAUCAACCUUGUUGGUGGCUUCAUGUGUGAAUGUCCACCAGGCCUGGAGGGGGACACGUGUGAAAUAGAUAUAAAUGAUUGUUUACUGCCUUCCAACCCGUGUACGAAUGGAGCGACUUGUACAAACACUUUUGGAUCAUUCUACUGCACAUGUGAAAAAGGAUGGACUGGCCCCUAUUGUGGAGAAGACCUGAAAGAGUGUGUGAUGAUGCGUAACCCAUGUAAUGGUAAUGGAGUGUGUGUUGACCUGCCUGGUUCAUUCAGUGUGACGUUGCGGAACCCAUGUAUUGGUAAUGGGGUGUGUGUUGACCUACCUGGCUCGUUCAGGUUUGAUUGUAACUCAGGAUGGGAGGUUGAUAUCCUCGAAUGCAAGACGGUCCAGUGCUAUAACGGAGGCACGUGCCGUGAGCUGUUGGGAUCGUACAAGUGUGACUGUACCACUGCAUGGGCUGGCAAACAUUGUGAAAAUGACGUGAAUGAAUGUCUGGCUAUUGAGUGUCUGAACAACGCAACAUGUGUUAACAUCGCGGGGACGUAUCAGUGUGAAUGUACGGAGGGUUGGACAGGAGCAUUCUGUGAUAUAGACCGUAAUGAAUGUGAUAGUGACCCAUGUUACAACGGGGGAACGUGUGUCAACACUCUGGGAUCAUACAAGUGCCUCUGUCCCCAGGGAUACGAUGGGCCAUUCUGUCAGACAAACAAGGAUGAGUGUCUGUUGAAUCCAUGUAAGAAUGGAGGGACGUGCCGAGACAUGCCAGGGACAUACGAAUGUAUCUGCCUUGAACAGUGGUCUGGUAUCAACUGUGACAAUGACACAGAUGAAUGCUUCAACAACCCAUGCAGCCACGGGGCAACAUGUCGAAACAUUGUGGGUGGGUUCCUGUGUGACUGUGCACCAGGCUGGACGGGCCCGCUCUGCAAGACAGAUGAGAAUGAGUGCAGUUACGGGCCUUGCUUCAACGGCGGACGAUGCGAGAACACAAUUGGCUCGUUUCAGUGUGUUUGUGAAGAGGGGUGGACUGGUCCACUCUGUGAUCAGGAUGUGAAUGAGUGUCUCUUGGGGCAAAUGUGUAAAAACGGCGGAACGUGCCAAAAUACGUAUGGCUCAUAUCGCUGUAUCUGUCCCGCUGCAUGGACCGGCAAGGACUGUACCGCAGAUGUUAACGAGUGUGCCCGUAUUGAAUGCCUCCAUGGGGGCGUGUGUAUGAAUCUGGAUGGCUCGUACAAGUGCGACUGCCCACCUGAGUGGAGUGGAGACAUUUGCCAGAUAGAUGUGAAUGAGUGCCUGGUUGCGGACAUAUGUUAUAAUGGGGGAACGUGUCGUAACCUGGUGGGGUCAUUCAACUGUGAAUGCCUGGGAGGUUGGCGUGGCGACCGUUGUGAACUUGACGUGGACGAGUGUGGGCGGAACCCAUGUUACAACGGAGGUACAUGUUCCAACACUGUGGGCUCAUACAUAUGUCUGUGUCCGGCUGGUUGGACCGGACCCACAUGCCUUAUUGACAUGAAUGAGUGUUUGGAGAUGCCGUGUCUGAACGGAGCCACGUGUGACAACACCCAGGGAUCAUACAUUUGCCGAUGCCCACGCGGGUAUCGAGGGUCAAACUGUGAACUUGAUGUGGAUGAAUGUCUGUUGAAUCCUUGUCUGUAUGGUGGCACAUGUAUCAACACAGUUGGUUCGUUCACGUGUGAGUGUCCCCCAGGAAGAACGGGACUUGACUGCAGAAAUGACACCAAUGAGUGCGAGUCCAAUCCUUGCCUUCACGACGGUAUCUGUUUCAACACAGAUGGCAGUUUCCGUUGUCAGUGUAACGAGUUUUGGGAGGGACCCAUCUGUGCUAAAGAUCGAAAUGAGUGUGAUUCCCUCCAGUGUUUCAACGGGGGCAUUUGCAAGAAUCUGAUUGGUGGAUACGAAUGUAUUGACUGCUUCGCUGGAUGGACUGGACAACUCUGUGAAAUUGACAUCGAUGAGUGUAUAGAGAAUGGCACUAAUCCAUGUCUCCAUGAUGGCAAGUGUAUCAACACCAAGGGCUCCUUUAUCUGUCAGUGUUCCACAGGAUGGACCGGCAAGAUAUGUGAUGAAGAUGAGAACGAAUGUGACCGGUUCCCGUGCCAGAAUGGAGCGACAUGCCGGAACCUGCCGGGAACUUUUGAGUGUUUUUGUGCCGAGGGCUGGGAGGGAGUCAACUGCCGGAUUGACAUAGAUGAGUGCUCCCUGUAUGCCCCUUGUCUCAACGGAGGUAUCUGCUACAACGGGGCGGGGACAUAUUCCUGUCAGUGUGCCAUGGGAUGGACGGGCAAAAACUGCGAAGUUGAUAUAAACGAGUGCCUGUUGAACCCAUGCCAACAUGAUGGGACUUGCGUGAACCUCCCUGGAUCGUAUAAGUGUGAGUGUCCACCUGGUUGGAUGGAGCCAAACUGCGCUUUCGACAUUAACGAGUGCGCAACUACGCAGUGUGAAAACGGGGGCACCUGUUUUAACACCCCGGGCUCGUUCAAGUGUAUCUGCACGACUGGAUGGACAGGCGAACUAUGCAACUUUGACCUGGAUGAGUGCCUGUCUGUGGCAUGCUUGAACGGGGGAACAUGUAUCAACCAGAUAGGGGGCUACAUGUGCGAAUGUACAGCUGGGUACAAGGGAGACACGUGUGCAUUCGAUGUGAAUGAGUGUGUAGAGUUCCCGGGUAUUUGUAAGAACGGCGGCCAGUGUAUCAACUCUAUUGGCAGCUAUACAUGUCAAUGUCCAGCUGGCUGGACUGGCCAGGACUGUACCAUUGAUGUGAAUGAAUGUCUACUUAAUCCCUGCCUCCAUGGGGGAACUUGCUAUAAUAACGAGGGAAGCUACACUUGCUUCUGUCCAGGCGGCUGGACCGGUCCAAACUGUGAAUAUGACAUUGAUGACUGUGAAGUAAAUCCGUGUUUGAAUGGGGGAGUGUGUAUCAACAAUGCCGGCUCCUACACCUGUCAAUGUCCGCCCGGUUAUACAGGCGUCAAUUGUGAACUGGAUAUCAACGAGUGUCUGGCAAAUCCUUGUCUGUAUGGAGGAAGCUGUUUCAAUACCCCGGGCUCGUAUGUAUGUCAGUGUAUCGAGGGACGCACUGGCGUUAACUGUGAAAAAGACAUAGAUGAGUGUAUUGACCUGAGCAUAUGUAAGAACGGAGGGACGUGCAUCAACACCCAGGGCUCAUAUCUGUGUAAUUGUCCGCCACAGUGGACCGGCACACACUGCGAUAACGACGUUGACGAGUGUGUGCUGGGUUUGGCUCGCUGUGAGAAUGGAGCUACAUGUAUCAACACGAUCGGAGGGUACGAGUGUAUCUGUCCACCCGGCUACACUGGACCACGAUGUGCAGCAGACAUCAAUGAGUGCGCUCUGAAUCCAUGCUUGAAUGGGGGCUCGUGUAUCAAUAACUUUGGCUCCUACGUGUGCAUCUGUCUGACGGAUUACACUGGACCCAACUGUGAGAAUGGCAUCCAGACAGCUUUCAAGGUUUCAUUCCCGACCCUUGACCUUACCUACACGCCUGACCUUGCCUUUAACACCUCCUCCAAGUUCCAGAGGCACGCCCAGCUAUUCUGUAAUGAUAUCAAUAACCUGAUGUCGACCCAUAGAAACAGGUUCCCUGACUAUGAGGACUGCGUCGUCACUGCGUUCAAGGACAACCCGACACGCAUGGAAUGGGAAUUGAAGUUCAAGGGCAAUGUUCCACCGGGUACCAUCGACAAUGCCAAGGGCCUCAUUUUUGAGGCAUUUCCACGGAGAAUCUAUGGGGACUCCCUGGGAAUCGAGAUCGGAGAUAUCCUGUUUUUCCUUGAUGAUUACAAGCUGACCAAGGUGUCCAUUCCUGAUGCGAUGCUGCUGAACUUCACACGAUCGCCCGAGUUUGACAACAACAGAUCAAUAGAGUUCCAAACAAAUGCCAACCUUCUGUGUGCUGAUGUUGACACUAUCAUGAAGAACAAUGCUGACAGAUUCCCAAAUUAUGUGGAAUGUAAAGUGAAUUCUUUCCCGUAA